AUGGAAGCGUUACUUGCCGCCGCCGGCGCCGCCGUCUUGUUUCCUCCGCCGCGAAUCCGCAUCCGAAUCGCCAAACCGAACCCACUCCCACCCCCUCGGCGCCUCCAAUUCGGAACCUCCAAGAUCUGGACCUCCGGCUCGCGGGGAUGCCUGGCCGCGGCCUCCGCAUCCACACCGCCGGCGCCGGGAGGCGGCCUUUACUCGGCGGCGACGUACGAUCUGACCCCAGAAAACGUCGAUCGCGUCCUGGACGACGUCCGGCCCUACCUCAUCUCUGACGGCGGCAACGUCACUGUCGUUGCCGUCGAGGAUGGUGUCAUCUCCCUCAAGCUUGAAGGAGCAUGCAGCAGCUGCCCCAGCUCGACGACGACGAUGAAUAUGGGCAUCGAGCGUGUGCUCAAGGAGAAGUUCGGCGACGCUUUCAAGGAAAUCCGUCAGGUGUUCGACGGGGAUCAGCCGCCGGCGGAGGCGGAGACGACGCCCGAGGCCGUGAACCGGCACCUGGACAUACUGCGGCCAGCGAUCGCGAACUACGGCGGGAGCGUGGAUGUGCUGACCGUCGAUGGCGAGGACUGCCUGGUGAGGUACGACGGGCCGGAAUCCAUCGGCAGCGGUAUCAAGGCGGCCAUCAAGGAGAAAUUCCCGGACAUCACCAAUGUGGUGUUUACCCUGUAA